GAUUUUCGACUUGACGAAUCGUGUUCUCGAUCGUCACGAGCCGAUCUUGCAAGCGCAUGACAAUAUUUAAAGCGACGCGACCGUGGAUCUCGCGAACGUUUUCCACCGGCGCUCGCGAAGAAACAAGCUUUCCGCGAACAGUCUUCGUCUGGGCUCUGACCAACGAACUUAGAAUGGUUAAUCAGAUCACCACCUUGUCCUAUACCGUAGAAAAUAAUGGUGCUAAAGAAGGGACUGCAGAUUUUGAGAAGGCAAUUACACUUUGCGGAUACGGAAAGUUUCACUAUGGUUUCUUGCUGCUGUGUGGAAUAAUGUUUCUCUGCGUUGGAUGUCAAAAUGGCAUAAACGCAUACAUUUUGCCUUCUGCGGAAUGCGAUCUCAAGUUGACAUCCGAACAAAAAGGACUCUUAAAUGUCGCCUUCCUAUUAGGUGGAGUUGUAAGCUCCCUACUUUGGGGAGUGUUCGCAGACGCUUAUGGCAGAAGAUACAUUCUUCUCGUAACUUUAUUCAGUGAUAGCCUUUUAUCAAUUGGAGGCAGUUUCUCUCAGAGUUUCAAUGUUUUGUUAAUUUUCAGAGCACUCAGUGGUUUUUUCAUUGGUGCUCCGGGUUCUCUAGUCUAUUCGUACCUCGGUGAAUUUCAUGCGGAGAAACAAAGAGUGAAAACUAUAUGUUACGUUGGUUUCUUCUGGACACUGUCGUGGCUAAUAUUGCCUGGUUUAGCUUGGAUUAUUAUACCACUACCGAUUUCAUAUCAAUUUAGUGGGAUACUUUAUAACUCUUGGCGUCUCUUUUUAGCCGUUAUUGGAAUACCAACAUUAUUAAUAACUUUGAUAGCUACCAGAUAUCCUGAAAGUCCGAAAUUUCUCGUCUCUCAAGGUAAAACAGAGGAGGCGUUGGCCAUUUUGCGAAAAAUCUAUGCGAUAAACACCGGACACCACGAAGACGAGUAUCCCGUGAAAAUAUUGUUACCUGAUGAUACGAUGAAUGUUACCAACAAGGCAGGAUCCAAUAAAGACAGUGUAUUAAUGGGAUUAUUGAAGAAUAUUUGGCAACAAAUGCGUUGCCUUGCAUCACCACCGCUUUUGAAAUAUGCACUCCUGUGUUGGUCCAUUUAUUUCGCGAACAUGUUUGGAUACUAUGGUUUCGGUUUGUGGCUACCAGAACUGUUCAACCGUUUCGAGAACUACCAUAACUUACAUCCGAACAGAACAGUCAGCGUUUGUAAAUUAAUGCACGAAACAAAUCUACAACCUACAGCAACAGUUGCAAAAAAUAUUUUAAUCGAUUCCACGAGUAUCGUGAAAGAGUGCUCUCCCAACAUGGAUCAGAUGGUGUUCAUUAACUCGUUAACCAUCAAUGCUUUCUGUUUGCUUGGAAAUAUCGUGUCCGGUUAUUUGGCAAAUCGUGUUGGCAGAAGAACUAUCCCAGUGACGACAAUGUUGUUGGCUGGCAUCUUUGGUUUCUUGAUUUAUUUCGUUACGUCUUCCUUGCAAAUUCUGAUGGUGAGCUGUAUGUUCUCGUUAAUGAUAGUCACGGCGAAUUUCGUCAUUAGCAGCAUCGUGGUCGACAUAUUUCCAACACACGUAGGCGCCGUCGCCAUUUGUAUGAUGACAUGUUUCGGCAGAAUCGGCGCCAUUGCUAGUAAUUUAGCUUUCGGAUUGUUGCUCGAUAUCAGCUGCGAGGUUCCAAUUUUCUUGGUUGGCAGUAUAGUCAUCCUUGGAGGAUUGCUGGCCUUCGUUCUCCCAAAAAAGAAGAGUUGAACGUGUCCCGAUACGAAGACGAAAGAGUACAAGAGAUGAAGAGUAAAUAUUCUACGCUUAUUACAACGUGCAACGGACGAUCAUUCCAAGCUAUUUUCCUAAACAUCACAAAUAUCGUUCGUCUAACAAAUUCGUUGUACAACGUUGUUGAACGUAGAGCAAAAGACAGCUUUCAUUAUUUCUUUCUUGAUUUAAUAAUUUCUUGAACGUCACAGUAAAUCACAUGUGCGAUAUCACGCUUUAUCCACCAUUUUACAAUUUCAAUUUUCUACUUGAUAUUUUACUAAAUUAAUAUUGCUACAAUUCUACUUAAAAACUUCUUUAUUCACUUUUAUUAAUCCUUCUUUGGAUUAGUUAAAAAAUUUAAACCGUACACGCUUUAUAGAAUUACACACUUUCGUUAUAUUGACUCUCGUUAUAUUGCCAAACUAUAGCAAAAUACUUGUACAAUAGUUUUCUCCUCUUUACAGAGCUUUCCGUGGCAAGUAAAGAUAGUAAUAUAAUGUAAGUGUGUUUGAACACUUGUGCAGAUAAUCCUCUAUUAUCUCAGCAAGUUUCAGCUGCAAAUUAAAUAGUUUGCAUUUAUUAAUUCGGUGAAAUGGUACUUAAACGGAAUAAUGGCCACAGCAAAUUGUGUAUUCUCGUCAAUUUGGAAAUCCGAAGAAGGGUUAGUUCAACGCCGGUCACUGGUGAUCGAAAUAUUUAAUAUAAUAAUUAUUAGAUCAUUCCAUAAGUAAUCAUUCUGCAAAUUUAGUAUUUGCGUCAUGUAAAAUUUUAGCAACUCAAUUUUAGAAACAUAUCUUUAUUGAAGGCACAAAAUUCAUAUACUGAAUUUUACUGAAAGAAUCAAAAAUGAAAUCAAAUUCAUGAUAAAAUUAAAAUCAAAGAUUAAUCGAAAUGAAAAAACUUUUUCAAAUAAAAAAAAACACAAAUUAUUGAAAAACUUCAUACAGCUGUAAAAUAUAAAGAUUCACAUAUUUUUCAUUAUUUUCUAGAACGUAUUUUAAUAACGUAUUUAAUACACUGAAAUUGUAAAUACAAUCAAAAUUAUUUAUGGACUGACCUGAUAUUUAAAUAACUAGUUGAGCAAAUAGAUUACUUUGUGCAAAAUAUUAAAUUAUUUUGCUUAUAAAGAACUUAUUAAUAUUGAAUGUUAGUUUAAUAAAAAUAAGUUCGCUCACAAACACGUAUUUAAAUUAAAUUAAUAUUCUGUUCAAUAUUUUUUCAUUACCAUAUUGAACAGAAUCACAUAAAUGACAAAAGAGCACAUAACAUUUAGGUGCAAAAUAUUCAAUGGACAUUUGAAAUCAAAUGUUCAUUCUAAUUAUUGCAAGCCUGCUUACAAUUUGUCAGUUGGCAUUUUCAGUAUGAGGUUUCGUGUGCUGCGCGAGUGAGUGCAUAAAUGAACGUUAAAGUCUGUAUAUAUAUAUGUUAAAGUUAAAUGUGUAAAUGCGAACGAUAUGUAUGCAAAUAUGUGAAAGAAUAAUAAAUUUUUGUAAAUCAAUGAA